AUGUUGACAAGAUUUUCAAAAUGCUUCAGUUUCACCGCUUCCAGAGACUGGCUAUACCGUCACACCUUCACCGUCGCCGGUCUCCGAUCAGUUGUCACCGAUCUCGGCGACGGAACCAUAAUGCAUUGUUGGGUACCGAAGUUGCAUAAUCCAUCUAAACCGACGCUUGUUCUUGUUCACGGUUUUGGUGCCAAUGCAAUGUGGCAAUACGGUGAACAUCUUCGGCAUUUCAUCACACAUUUCAAUUUGUAUGUUCCUGAUCUUCUUUUCUUUGGUGGAUCUUUCACUUCACGGCCUGAGAGGACAGAGUCUUUUCAAGCGGUGUGUUUGAUGAAACUCAUGGAGGCUCAUGGUGUUGAGAGGUUGAGCUUGGUUGGGAUAAGCUAUGGCGGAUUUGUGGGGUAUAGUUUGGUUGCUCAGUUUCCCGAGGUGGUGGAGAAGUUGGUUUUGUGUUGUGCUGGUGUUUGUUUGGAAGAGAUUGAUAUGAAAAAUGGAUUGUUUAGGGUUUCCAGUUUGGACGAUGCUUCUAGUAUUUUGUUGCCUCAAACUCCUGAUAAGCUUAGGGAAUUGAUGAGGUUGUCUUUUGUUAAACCUGCUAGGGUUGUGCCUUCUUAUUUCCUUGAAGAUUUCAUUCAUGUGAUGUGCACAGAUUACAUUGAAGAAAAGAAGGAAUUGCUUGUGGCAAUACUAAAAGACAGACAUCUUUCCAACCUUCCAAAGAUCAAACAGCUUCCUACUCUAAUCAUGUGGGGUGAACAAGAUCAGAUAUUCCCUUUGGAAUUAGGCUACAGAUUAAAAAGGCAUAUAGGUGAAAACGCUCAAAUGGUUAUCAUCAAGAAUGCAGGGCAUGCAUUGAACAUUGAAAAGUCCAAAGAAUUUGCUAGACAUUUGAAGUCAUUCCUCAUCGAUUCAGAAUCACGCUCGUCUUCUCCACCUUCUUUCAAAGAACAAAUUCAAAAGACAUUUCCGUUCGAUUUUAUUAGGUAUUGGUCAGGCUGGGGUGCAUCGGCAUGGUGUGUUGCUCUAUUAUUAUUGCAACCAAUAUUUGAAACCAAAUUGUUUGUAAUGCUUCUCAUACUUUUUCUUCUAAAUUUCUCUCUAUGUUUCCUCUACUUAAAAUGA